AGGCGGUCUCCGAGUCCGAACGUUAGAUUCUUAAGUGAAUAUCGCAUCUCUCACUCUCCCAGACAAACCAACAAAUGUUUUUUUCUUAGUUCAUACAGAGAAGAGGAUAGUCGGCUAGAACGAACGAAAGGGGAAAAAGAAGUUUCUCCAAUCCAAAAAGAGAGCAGAGCAUAAUGGUUUCAUCGAAGGGUAAGUUAUCUAGAAACCAAAGUCGAGUUGCAGAAAACCAACGCAUCGUCAAGAACGUCGGGGCGAGAGGUUUUAAGAUUUUUUCUGAUAAUGAGAGGAUAAAAGUUCGUGGAAAUGAGGCGGUUGAUUCUGAUGCCAUGAAAACCGGAAGAAAACUAUUGGCUACCACAAGGAAAUCAUUGUCUCUGUCAGAAGGUGUUAAUCAGAAUGAUUUGAAUAAUCCAAAGGGUACUGCUGAUAGUUCAAAGAAAAGUAUACUCAAGUCUGGCAGUUCUGUCAAGAUGAAGGUUAGGAAGAAAGCAUUGGCUGACAUCAGCAAUGUAAGGAAUUACGUCCUAAGGAGUCGAGCAAGCGAUGGCUCCAAACCAUUGAAUGCCAAAAGUGAGAGAAAUGUCUCAAUGAAGCGGAAAACCGAAGGAAAAUCAUUGACAAUGACAAGGAAAUCAUUGUCUUUGACAGAAGGUGUUAAUCAGAAUGGUUUGAAUCAUCAGAAGGGUGCUGCUGAUGGUUCUAAGCCCAAAUCUGAUAGUUCUGUCAAGAUAAAGGAUGAGAGGAAAGUAUUGGCUGAUGCCAGCAUUGUCAGGAAUUACAUCAUAAGAAGUCGAGCAAGUGAUGGCUCCAAACCACUGAAAUCAUUGUCUCUGACAGGUGUCAGUCAGACUGAUUUGAAUCAUCUGAAGGGUACCGCUGAUAGUUCAAAGAAAAGUAAUCCCAAACCUGGUAGUUCUGUCAAGAUAAAGGAUGGGAGGAAAGUAUUGGCUGAUGUCAGCCAUGUAAGGAAUUACAUCCUAAGGAGUCGAGCAAGCGAUGGCAUUAAACCAGUAAAUGACAAAACUGAGAGAAGCUUCUCAAUAAAGUGCAAGAUUCAAGGAGGGAAAGCUUUAUACGGGUCAAGGGUUACAGUGGGUCGGAGUACUGACUUUGCAACUGCAACAUCAAGAAAACCUGUAAUGGGAAAAGGCACAGCAAACCAAAGUGUUGAAACUCAUAACCCCCUGAAGAACACUGGUAUCAGAGACCCUAUGGUUUAUUCUGAUAAACAGAAAAUUAAAGCCCUGAAACAAGAAAUUGGUAUGGAUGGCAGGAAAAGUUCUAGAAACCCUCUAACGCUGACAAGGAAGUCAUUGCCAGUCACAAGGAUGAUGAACAAGACCCAUUCAACUGAUGGUAAAGGUGAAAAUUCAAAAAAAUGGACAGCAACUUGCGAUUUUUCUGUUACAACUAUGGUUGGAAGGAAGGUGGUGCCUGAUGUAAGAUGUGCAAAAAAUCAUCUUUUGCGGAGCCGAGUGAGUGAUGGUUUUGUCUCAAUGCUUCCUGUGGGUCGAAGUACCUUGCAUGCAUGUGCGUUGUCAAGAAAACCAAUCAAGACAACUAGUAGAACCACACGUACAUCCUCCAAUUCCGACAAGACUUCUUUGAACUACAAAUCAAAUUCUUCUUCUUCAUCUGCUAUUGCAAAUCUAACCAAGGACAAAGAAGAGGCUUCUGCUCCUGAGAAUGCUGCUGUGGGGGUUUCCCAUGAGCCUGCUUCCAAAAAGCUCCCUUCUAUUGGCAUUGUCAACUCAAGUACAACUGUCAUGGCAGAUAACAGUUCUAGGACCAGGGGUAGUCGUCGAAGAUCAUUUACGUGUUUACUAGUGGGGGCUAGAUCAAAGGUAUUACCUGAGCUUGCUGAAGGUACCAAACAGGAAGAGCUAUCAAAUAUUGAUGAUUCCACUAAUCAUCUUGAAGUAGCUGAAUAUGUCGAUGAGAUCUAUCAGUAUUAUUGGGUUCUGGAGGCAGAAAAUACAUCGCUUGAAAAUUACAUGAUGAUACAGAAGGAGAUAACUCCAGCACUGCGUGGAAUAGUGAUCAACUGGUUAAUUGAAGUACACCUUAAAUUUGAAUUGAUGCAAGAGACACUUUUUCUCAUGGUAGCAUUGCUGGACAGAUUCCUUUCUAAGGUUAUAAUUGAAAAGAAGGAAUUGCAGUUGGUUGGUCUUACUGCACUCUUAUUAGCAUCCAAAUAUGAGGACUUUUGGCAUCCUAAGGUCAAGGACUUAAUUAGCAUCACAGCAGACUCAUACACAAGAGAUCAAAUGCUUGGAAUGGAGAAGCUUAUCCUUAAGAAGUUGAUGUUCCGUUUGAAUGCUCCAACUCCAUAUGUGUUUAUGUUAAGAUUUCUCAAGGCUGCUAAAUCAGAUACUAAGCUUGAGCAUCUAGCAUUCUACCUAAUUGAGUUGUCACUGGUUGAAUAUCAAGCUUUGAAGUUCAAACCAUCACUGAUAUGUGCAUCAGCAAUCUAUCUUGCUCGUUUUACUCUGCAAAUCAGCCCAGCUUGGACCAAACUGCUAAGGAAACAUGCACACCAUGAAGAAUCUGAACUAAGGGACUGUGCCAAUAUGAUCUUAGGAUUCCAAAAAGCUGCUGGUAGAGGACCCUUAAGAGUAACAUAUGAGAAAUUUCUGCAAAAUGAUCGUAGUUGUGUUGCAGCUAUAAAACCCAUGGACAAGCUUCCUCUUAUGAUUUGACUUAUUGAAGUGUAAAUUUGCUUCAUAUGUAAAAAUGACUGGAAGUUAUACAGUGGUGGAGAAAGUAAGCUUCAGAUGCUGGUUUUUUAAGUGCAUUGAAUCUUUGAAGGCAGAUACCUCCACCAAUAGGUACAGAUUUCCCUGCCUUUUCACGUGUAGCAUGUAAUGAGAUGUGGUGCUCCAUCUUCAUUGGAGAAGUCAUCAUUUGUGUCCUCUGGAUACAGAGUGAACUAGGUUUUUCUGUCAAUAUGAAACUCUUAGUUAAUUACAAUGCCAAUUUUUCUGUUACGUAGAUGAUCAUCAUCAGCUUUUGAAACAAUUACUGUUCAGGAUUUGAACUCCUAGAAUAUUAUCAUGAAAUAAACGUGUGUUUGUUUGGAUCUCA